CGUUGGUCUUUCGUUGCAUCAGCAUUGCAUCAGCAUCUCUGUUGCCUGGCUAGUUUCAGUGAUAAAUCCACAUGGAUUAUUGACAUAAAUAAAUUAUAAAACCAAUUAAUAUUGUAUAAAAUAGUGUAAAUAUACAGUUAAAUUUUUAUAAUUUUUGUAUCAUUAAUCAGAUCUAUUUGACCUGUAAUAAUUUGAUUAAAUUAUUACAGACAAAAUGGUGUUGGGUUGUCGUUAUUACAAGGAAAAGUUUCCAGAAGUUGAGGAUGUUGUCAUGGUCAACGUACGAAGUAUUGCCGAAAUGGGUGCUUAUGUACAUUUAUUAGAGUACAAUAAUAUUGAGGGUAUGAUAUUGCUUUCUGAAUUAUCAAGAAGACGUAUUAGAUCCAUCAAUAAACUCAUUAGAGUAGGUAAAACUGAGCCAGUUGUUGUCAUUCGUGUUGACAAAGAAAAAGGUUACAUUGAUUUGAGUAAACGUAGAGUUUCUGCUGAAGAUGUUGAAAAAUGUACAGAACGAUAUGCAAAAGCAAAAGCAGUUAAUUCAAUAUUAAGACAUAUUGCUGAACUUUUGCAUUAUGAUACUGAUGAACAAUUGGAAGAACUUUAUCAAAAAACAGCAUGGUAUUUUGAGGAAAAAUACAAAAAACAAAAAGCAUCAGCUUAUGAUUUUUUCAAACAAGCUGUUACAGAUCCAUCAAUAUUGGCAGAGUGUGGACUUGAUGAAAGUACUAGAGAUGUUUUUGUUAGCAAUAUCAAACGUAAAUUAACAUCUCAAGCUGUUAAAAUUCGUGCUGAUGUUGAAGUUGCUUGUUAUGGUUAUGAAGGCAUUGAUGCUGUCAAAGCAGCAUUGAAAGCUGGUUUGGCACUUUCAACUGAAGAUUUGCCAAUCAAAAUUAAUUUGAUUGCUCCACCACUUUAUGUUAUGACAACAUCAACACCAGAAAAAAGUGAUGGUUUAAAAGCACUCAAUGAUGCUAUCAAAGUUAUAGAUGAGAAAAUCACUGAACUUGGUGGUGUUUUCAAUAUUCAAAUGGCUCCAAAAGUUGUUACAGCAACUGACGAAGCUGAAUUGGCCAGACAAAUGGAACGUGCUGAAAUGGAAAAUGCUGAAGUUGCUGGUGAUGAUGAUGAAGAAGAAGUUGAGGGUAUGGGCGAAUUCAGUGGUGAUGAAGAUGAAGAAAAUAAAGACGGCAAUGAAUCACAAGGAGAAAAUUAAAUAUUAAAAAUAUUUAAAAUUAAAAAAAAUAAAAAAAAACUUUUUUUUUGAAACUUAACAUUAGAUGAUUAUUGAUAAGAAAAUUAAUACCAUUUUUUUUAUAUAUAUAUUAACUAACUGUAUCCAGGUAUACGUGCUUGGUAAUGACUAAUGAAUCAACACAAUUUUACAAAUAAAACCACAAAAAAAAAAAAAUCAAAAAUCCAAGUU